AUGGCCAGCACAUCACAAGCUGCCCCGAAAGUCCCCACGGUACCGGUUGUGGUACCCAAGAUGGAGUUCCCAUCUAAACAAGGCCUUCCAGUGGUCUCAGAAACAAAGCCAAACAAUAGUAAUACACACCAGACCAAUGUCAUCAAGCCAGAGAGUGGCAACGUAACUGUCAACGCCACAUCAUCUCCGGCAAUUAAACAAGACACCAAUGCAAGCAAGCAGGUCUCUGACUCGGAAAUGCAGCUUGUAUCAUCUCUCGCAAAGCUCCAGGAAUUGGAGGCUAUGAUUCACCAACUGCGGACACUGCUCCCCGAUCGUUUAUUGGAGCCUUUGGUACCUCUUGUAAAUCCAAAGGUUGCGGCGGGGAGGGCUGUACCGAGGUCGCCGCAGAUGCUGUAUGAGCAGCUUUCGCAGGCUGCGAAGGCUGGUGUCGCCGAGGUGGCGGAAUUUCAGAGCAUGUGGCGCAGCCCUGAAAUGAACGCUGUGUGGGAGCAUGUCGAUGCCCAGAUCAAGGAAAAUGGCGGGCAGCUAUUGCAACCGACUGGUGUUUGGGAUCGGAAUUAUGGUACCCUCCUUGAAGAGCUUGUCAAGGAGGAAACGACCAGGGUGGAGCAGCAGCGGAAAUCUGAGGAGGAGCUCGAACGUUCGAAGAUCCAGUCGACCGAAGGGGGUUGGAGGGCAAUUGUCGACAGCUUCAUCCAGAAAAAUGUGCCUGGCGUACGAGUCUUGCCGAGUAAUUCUGAAACAGCUGUCAAUGUUGUCCUACCGAAGGCCGGUAUGACAUUCAAGGUACAUACGGUCGGCGGAUCAGAGGUGAGCGGCGUGCCCGAAUGGCAGGUCUCGAGCCGAACGAUGCCUGGUCAAGCUAAGACGAAACUCGAGAGCGCGGCAUCCGAUUGCCUGAACUCUCGUUCGCGGCAGUGGGAUCUCGCAUAUCUUCUUGACAUGAUCUCAUCCUACUCCGAUGUUAAACAAACCCCCUGCGUAAAGUGCGGCAAGAUGACAGACAACGCAGCACAACUACCGGCCAUUCGCCAACAGAAGCAGCCGUCUGAACCCCAACAAUCACCAACCUGGGAAGCCUAUCACCCAAGCUGUAUCUGA